CAAGAAGUGUGCAGGUGGCUUCAAGAAACCACGGGAGCUUUUCUUUAAGGCGGUCGUGGGUGUGCUAUUGGUUAUUUUCCUUGCAGCGGGAGAAGCCCGCGCCUUUUCCUCUUUCUUUUCGUCUCCCUCCAUUUCCAUUCUUUCAGUCAGGUAGAGAGUGUGAAAGAGAGUGGGAGAGAGAGAGAUGGGGACGUCUGUGCAGGUGACGCCUCUGUGCGGGGUUCACUCCGAGUACCCGCUGUCCUAUCUCCUCUCGAUCGACGGCUUCAACUUCCUAGUUGAUUGCGGUUGGAACGACUUCUUCGACGUUGACCUCCUCCAGCCCCUCUCCAGAGUGUCUUCCAAAAUUGAUGCUGUCCUGUUGUCACAUCCUGAUACACUUCAUCUGGGGGCCCUGCCUUAUGCUAUGAAACAUCUUGGUCUCACUGCUCCAGUUUAUGCAACAGAACCUGUGUACAGAUUGGGCCUCUUAACUAUGUACGAUCACUACCUUUCUCGUAAGCAAGUGUCAGACUUUGAACUUUUCACCUUGGAUGACAUCGAUGCUGCAUUUCAGAAUAUAACCCGGUUAACAUACUCACAAAAUUACCAUCUCUCAGGUAAAGGAGAGGGUAUAGUUAUUGCCCCUCACGUGGCUGGGCAUCUCCUGGGUGGCACAGUGUGGAAGAUCACUAAAGAUGGUGAGGAUGUAGUAUAUGCUGUCGACUACAAUCAUCGAAAAGAAAGGCAUUUGAAUGCAACUGUUUUGGGAACUUUUGUGCGUCCAGCUGUUUUAAUUACAGAUGCAUACAAUGCUUUGAAUAAUCAGCCAUACAGGCGUCAACGGGACCAGGAAUUGUUAGAUUCUAUAUUGAAGGCAUUGCGGGCAGGUGGAAAUGUGCUGCUUCCAAUUGAUACUGCUGGACGAGUACUGGAACUUGUCUUAAUAUUGGAACAACACUGGGCACAGGAUCGUCUCAAUUACCCUAUUAUAUUUCUUACUAAUGUUGCAGCAAGCACAAUUGACUAUGUCAAAAGUUUCCUUGAGUGGAUGAGUGAUUCUAUAGCAAAGUCCUUUGAGCAAUCACGUGAUAAUGCUUUUGUCUUGAAGCAUGUGAAUGUCCUACUCAACAAGAAUGAGUUGGAAAAAUUGCCAGAGGGUCCAAAGGUUGUUCUGGCAUCCAUGGCUAGUUUGGAAGAGGGUUUUUCUCAUGAUAUAUUUGUUGAAUGGGCAAGUGAAUCAAAGAACUUGGUGAUUUUCACUGAAAGAGGCCAGUUUGGAACACUUGCUCGUAUGCUUCAAGUUGAUCCACCUCCUAAAGCUGUGAAGGUCACUGUGAGCAAAAGGGUUCCUUUGGUUGGGGAGGAACUUCGAGCAUAUGAAGAAGAGCAGAGCCGCAUUAAAAAAGAAGAGGCACUGAAGGCAAGUCUGAAGGAAGAGGACUUAAAAUCCUCUAAUGAGGUUGUUCAGUCUGAUCCAAUGGUUAUUGAUUCCACCAAGGGCAGCACUUUGUCAGAAGCAAUUAGCCAUAACGCCAGUGGGCUGCGGGACAUCCUAAUUGAUGGAUUUGUUCCUCCUUCCUCCAGUGUUGCUCCAAUGUUUCCCUUUUUUGAGAACUCAACUGAAUGGGAUGAUUUUGGUGAGGUUAUCAACCCUGAUGAUUAUAUGAUAAAGGAGGAAGAUGUUGAUCAAAAUCUUUUUGCUGGGGUUGGAGUUGGCAAUAAGAUUGAUGAAAUCUCUGCAGAGUUGCUUCUUGACACGAAACCUUCAAAAGUAGUUUCAAAUGAAAUAACUGUGCAAGUGAAGUGCUCGCUGAUCUAUAUGGACUUUGAAGGUCGUUCGGAUGGUCAUUCCAUGAAGUCAAUCAUAAAAAAUGUGGCACCACUAAAGCUUGUGUUAGUACAUGGUUCAGCAGAAGCCACAGAACAUUUAAAACAGCAUUGCUUAAAGAAUGUAUGCUCUCAUGUGUAUGCUCCACAGAUUGAUGAAACCAUUGAUGUUACCUCAGAUUUAUCUGCUUACAAGAUUCAGCUGUCCGAAAGAGUCAUGAGUAAUGUUCUGUUCAAGAAGUUGGGUGAGUAUGAGAUAGCUUGGAUUGAUGGAGAAGUGGGGAAGGUGGAUGACAUGCUUUCUUUGCUCCCAUUAUCAUCUGCUGCACCUCCACAUAAAUCUGUUCUGGUUGGUGAUUUGAAAUUGGCAGAUUUUAAGCACUUUCUUUCCAGUAAAGGUGUUUCGGUGGAACUCUCUGGUGGUGUAUUACGUUGUGGUGAGUAUGUGACAGUGCGGAAGGUCAGGGAUUCAACUCAGAAGAGUGGCACUCAGCAUGUGGUCAUUGAGGGUCCACUUUGCGAAGAAUUCUACAAGAUCAGGGAGUACUUGUAUUCUCAAUUUUAUCUGCUGUGAGAAUGUAUUAUAAUUAAAAUUUUGACCCAGAGCUUGUGUAGAUUCUAAGCUCUAAGUAUUGCUAACCGUCAAUUUGGUUCACUUGCCAUUACUGUACCAUCAGUCUUAAAUAGAAGUGUGGAAUUAUGCAGUCAAAA